GAUUGAUGAAGGAAGGAAGAAAGGAAAUAUGUAGUACUAUAUAGAUACCUAGUGUAGUAAGUAUCUAUCUAGUGUAAGUUAACAACCUACCUAGGUACCCAAAGAGUAAAUUAAUAUAAGGGGGGAUAGGUCUGUACCUAAUCUAAGUUUACUGUUUAGCACAUUAGCAAAGCAACAGAAAAAAAAUCGUAAACAAGAAGUAUUGUUUAUUUUAUAUUUAUUGAUAUUUUUUCUGAUUAGAAUAUAGUCAUCUGUAUAAGCGAAAAAAUUUAUCUAUGAUUAUUUUUGCGUAGAUUGCAAUUAUUAUUUUUACGUAGGUACCUAUGUUUUUACUUACAAUGGAUAAAUGUAGGUUGUGCUUAAAAAGUAGUAAAAAAUUAAGGUCGGCAUUCGAAAAGGAAGAUGAUGUUAUAUAUAUUGAUAUGAUAACUUCGCUUUCAAAUACUAUAAAAAUAAAAAGAGAUGAUCAACUUACACAUCUGUGUUCUCAAUGCUGUCGAAAGCUUAUGGAGGCAUUUCAGUUCAAAAAUAUGAUAGAAAUGUCUAAUUUAAUAUUAUGUGAAGAUUCUAGUAUAAAAAGAAUUAAUUUCAACAGCUUGAAUGAGAUCAAAGUUAAACUUGAAAUUGACAUGAAGAAAGAAAUAUGUGAUAACAAUUAUAUUACUGAGGUAUUAGAUAAUUGUUUCAAUGAAAACUCGGGAUUCUUCUGGUUUAACAGUACUAUGAUAAAAAAAGUUGAAUCCAAAAUAUGUGCAGAUGAAGUAAUACCUCAAAAUAUGUGUGAUUAUGUUAAAACUGAACCAAAUGAUGAUGACUUGGAUCCAGAUGAUGUUAAUGAAAAUUAUGGCGGUAAUGAUGCUGAUGACGAGUAUUUACCCAAAUAUUUAUAUAAAAGAAAAGGGAAAGAAAACAGAAUAUCCAAAAAAGUGCAUAAAGGUUCAAAAGGAAAUGAAUCUUCAAGUGACACUCUAAAUAUUUUGAUAAAACCAGUACUUUUAAAAGAUGUUGCUAUUUAUCGCAAAAAAGUGGAGGGAAAUCCCAAAAAACGGUCAUCUAUAAUAAAAAAGCGUAUGUGCAAUUUCUGUGGAAAAAUGACGUCGUCAAUGAAAUCACAUAUAUUGAUACACACAGGGCAACGAACACAUAAAUGUGAUUUAUGUGAAAAGGCGUAUUACACUGAAGCACAACUAAGAUGUCAUAAAAAGAAGCACGGGAUGGAAAGAAAAUACAAAUGUGAUCAAUGCGUAGCUAAAUUUACAGACUCAGCUAUGUUGAAAAGACAUAUGAUAGUCCACAAUGAUGAAAAAUCAUUUGUUUGUCACCUUUGUAAUAAAGCAUUUAAAAGACAUGGAUCUUUGAAACGACACAUUAUACUUCAUAAUUCUGCAAACAAAACUAUCAAAUGUGACCUGUGUCACAUGAGUUUCUUUUCGAAUACUGGUCUAAAGCAUCACUUACGAGUGCACACUGGAGAAAGACCGUACAGAUGCGACAUUUGUUCACAAGGCUACAGCUAUAAACAUGACUUUAAUAGGCACUGUUUCAAAAAACAUGGCGUGUUCCUGAAACGGAGAAACGUUUACGUAAUGAACGAAGAGAUCCUUGUGAAGGAACGAGAGCUGAUGAGACUGUUGAUGCUGAGGCUGCACGGAGUGGUUCAGGGUGAAGACCCGUUCAAGGAGUUCGAGGGCCCUCAGGGGUACAAGGCGCUGGCACAGGCUAUCAACCUCAUAGAGAGUAAACAUCUACCCGUGGAUGUAAGUACAUUGACUUUGUGAUCAAAAAUACGGUCAUAACAAAUCGAGAAAUAUAUUUUGUCUCCAUCUAAAAUACUUAAAUGAAUUGUAAAUAAAAAAAAUCCGAAGACAC